AUGUCGAAUACAGAAGAAAUUUUAUGUAAACUAUUUGACAUUCGAGAUUGGAUCCCUGAAUUUUCAAUUGACGAUGUAAAUCAAGCAGAUUUAUGUUUCCGGGAGACCUUAAUAAUUUCUUUAAAAAAUGAACCUAUGAAGGAGACGGAACCAAUAGGCGGUUAUUGUAUUCUGGUAGAAUCCAUCGGGCCCAAGGCUCGAGAAUUUUUAGUGCAUGUGCAAUCUUCGAUGUAUAUUGAUGGUCAUUUCGGUGGGUCAAAAAUUAUUAGUUCGGCAACAUCAAAAUUCCACUGCCUGGAAGAAAAAAGGACAGAAUUCGUAUACGAAGAUGGACUACAUGAAAAAACAAUUUUUAUAGGCAUUGAAGAGAAUUGUUACUCUGUAAAAUUGACACGCACUUGUCUGUGCGAUAAAUCUACUGAAACUAAAGAUUUAUCCUUUUGCACUAACAGCAAUCUAAUAAGUGAAGGAGUAAAUAUAUUACUUAUGCGAUAUUUGGCGCUUAUAAAUUAUGAGGGAACAUUAGUUUUUGAAAGCAUUUCUAUAGAUGGAGAUCUUGCUGAAUCCAACUAUAUAUGUAUUCCUGCUGAACGUAUGGAAUUAGAUGGACAUUAUUUAGAUGUUUAUACGAUCGAACGUAAAAUAUGCAAAGAAGAUGGAACUAUUCAUACUAUAAGAACUUAUUUAACUCCGGAAGCUAGAAUACUCCGACAUAAUUGGUUGGAUGUGCCAUAUGUAUUGAAAAUUAAUCCAUUAGCUGAUCCAGAUAUCCGAAGUAAAACAAUAAAAAUAGAAACGCCUCUAAGAGAUUGCUGGAUGGAAGAUAUUGAAAUGUUUUCUAAAUAUUUAGAUAUGAAAUUUUUCAAAAUUGCUGAACAAACAGAAUAUUUAGCUGACCAUCCAGAAGUAAAGCAAUUGAUCGCGGAUUACGUUCAAACACUAUUAGUUGGUAAUCAUCUUUUUAACUGGGGAAACAUUGUACCAAUACUUCUCAAACAGGUCAAAUGCACAGUGUUUUAUGAUAAUAUAUUAAUGUUACUUAUAAAUUACUGGUCUCCACAGUAAAACCUGAAAACGUGAUAGAUUUUACAAUACAACAUUUUAAAGCAUUUGCAAAGAAUCCAAUGACCUGGGAGACCAGUACAUUGAAAGAAGAUUAUGAUAGUAGUGUAACAUCACAG